AUGCACAAGUACUUCGUGGACGCAGAGCUUAACAGUAUGCUUGGAUCGACAUAUGACAGUACAGAAUAUAUUGAGAGUACCGGUUGUGGCGGUGGCGUGAGUAGCAGCGGGUCAGCGGAUUCGUUCGCUCGUUCCGUGUCUCGGUACGGGCUGCGCUUCACUGCUGCGUUACUCUCGGUACUGGCGAUCAUAGAGCGUAUGGCGAGGGACAAUAACACCAAUAAACUUCUCAACAUAUCCGCAAGGUUGAAUUUCAACACGUACUACGUGAAGCAGUUGGAGAAGUUCUGCGCUGACGACAAGUUGUUGGAUGGCGACAGGAAACAAGCGGCCUCCUAGCGGCGAGCGGCGCGCGUCACCGCCGUGUGACGUCACACUCUGAUACCGCGGAUAUCACGGUCACGGGCAUGAGGAUAUAAACUAAAAAUCAGGAAACUAUUUCAAUGUCGACCUUAUUGAAUUCGUUAAUUUGCAAUAUAGUUUGUGUUUUAUAAAACACAUUCCCCAUGGUUUUUUUAAUUUUUCUCACAAAUUCUGUAUUUAGAAGUUAUUAAAUUUAAUUUGAGAGUUAUCGUUGUUAUUUACACAAUUUAUUGACAAACAUAAGACCCCCAAACUCAUUGGUGUGCCAGCUACCUUGACGUUCACAGAUUAUUAGAGGUAUUAACUGAAAUUAAGUUUAGAAUAUGCAACAGAAUUCCUAAAAAUAUUGUAUACCAUUUUACUCAUAAAAAUCUUAUUCAUAAUUGAAUAUAAUAAUAAUAGAAUCGAAUACUCACUAAAUUAAUGUCACAAUUAAUGUAGUCACUAACAGUCUCAAUAAUUUAAAUAAGUACAAAUUAAUCUUAGAUUAUGGAAAUUCACAAUUUUAACAAUAUUUUUAUAUAAUUGUAACAUUAUUGUAUUCAAAGUCCAUUCUGAUAGAAGUCGAUAAUACUUAAUGUAUUUUUGUAUUAUGUAUUUGGUACUGGUCCAAUUUUUAUUUUAUGUAAUUUUGAAAUAAUAAAUGGCCGAAACCCUUUAGCCUCUC